AUGAAUGUGCGCUUCAGCAUACAGCAGGAAGAAGCCAUGGAAAUGUUCUUAAUGUGGAGAGAACUUCAAGUGCAGAUCAACCCUCGUUGCCUAGGUGCUAAUAGAGUCUCUCUCUUUAUUCCAGCAGGGCAUGAUCAGGAGAAUGAGGAUGAUGAGGAACGGCUUCAGUCAUCUCCAGAUAAAGCAAAGGAUGAAGAGCUGGAAGGAAACUUCAGGAAUCGAGAUGGAUCCAAGAGGCCAGAGGGAAGCCACACAGUUGAGAAGAGGGAUAAACACAUUCCUUGCCAAAGACAAGGUUUCUGUGAAGAAAGUCACAUGUUGGAGGAAACAUACAAGGGCUUGAAAUGUGGAAUGAACUCAGAUCAAACGCGAUAUAAUAUUCAUUUGCAAAAGCACAAUGGAAAGAAGACUCAUAAAUGCUUGGAGUGUGGAAAGAGCUUCAGAUAUAAAUCAAAGUUCCUCGAGUGUGGAAAGAAAUACAACUGUAGUAGAGAUCUUAAGAGGCAUAAAAGAACCCACACAGGGGAGAAACCUUUUGAAUGCUCAGAUUGUGGAAAGAAAUUCAACUGCAGUGCAAAUCGUCGGAGACAUCAAAGUAUUCACACAGGGGCAAAACCUUUUGAAUGCUCAGAGUGUGGAAAGAAAUUCGCUCGCAAAGCCCACGUUCGUCAACAUCAGAGAAUCCAUAUGAGAAGAAACCACGUCUCUGCUAUACAGAAACUUUGCCAUAACUGCAAUCCAUCAGCCCCACUGCUCAGGAGGCACUCGUCCACCUUGCCUUCAAAGGCGUCUAGGCCCCAGCUGCUGUCCUAG